AUGUCGGAAGAGCUCAUUUCAUCGCUAUAUCCACUGCCUCCACCCUACUACAAGUAUUUCACAGAGUCAAAUAGAUCAAAAUACCAGCAAUGGCUCGAACAGGAAUCCGACGGGGAUGCUCUCCCACCAGGUGAUCUACGAUUCCAUCGACCUCCUUCAGCGCCAACAGGUGAACAGUAUCGAGGAUACGGAAGUGUGUGGGCAUUGGUCAACAAGCUACCUUCUCUCAAGGAGCUGGGAUGGAAGCAAUUAUACAGCGACGAAGACGAAAAAAUCACCUCGCAGACUAAAAUAGAUGAGCUUCACAAACUCCUAGACUCUUUACUAUUGAACUUCUUGGAGCUUGUGGGCUCUGUCUCCAAGGAACCAGCAAAAUUCUAUGUCAAGAUUGAGGACUUAAAGCUUCUUUUGAUCAACAUGAAUCAUUUGCUCAAUACCUAUCGUCCCCAUCAAACUCGUGAAAGCUUGAUAAUGCUUUUGAAAAAGCAGAUCGAAAAGAAAAGAAAUGACAUAAGCGAGAUAGAUGAAGCAAUGGAUGGUGUUAAGAAGCGCAUAAAUCUGCUUGUCUCGUCUGCCGAUAAAAUUUCAUCAAGGCAGCCGAUCGUUGAAAUGGAUGAAAAAAGUUCCUCUGCCAUUACUGAGCAGAAUAUCGUGAAAACACUACAAUCUCUCGUUGAUGAAUCUUGA